AAUGAAGUGAGAUGUUAGUCUCACCAAUCAGACCGACAUUAUCUGGAUAUCUAAUCAAACUCUAUCUUUCUUUAUUUUCUGUAAAAGCUUUAAAUAAAAUACCAAAAAUUUCUAUAUAAAGUUUCUCAAUUCAAAAUAUGAAAGUUUCCUCUUACUAGUCCUGAUUUAUAUCCAACACAAUACACGUCGCGCGUACUUUAACGCUUUGAUAAGCGCGUCAUGGGAGAUCCCUACUUUCAACACCCUUUGAAGCUCACACCACCUCCACCGCCACUCUCCAUCAAACAAACUCCCCAAAAGCAUUGACAACCAAAACAAAAAACAAAAAACAAAAAACGAAAACGAAAACGAAAACGAAAACACACAAAAAAGUCUACUCCACCACCACCGCGCGCGCGAUGACCGAUCAGCCACGGCUGCGCCACAUCCGCAGCACCAGCCAAUUAAUCAAACAAACCACCGCUACCUUCACUGCCAAUCUCCACACAUUUCUCUUCCUCUCUCUCCUCUUAUUCUCAUUCCGCUCCCUCGUCGAGAGUGGGUCGUACCUACUCACCUCCUUCAUCGACCGCGACGCCUCUCUCAAGUCUCUCCUCUCCCGUCUCGACUUCUCCGAUCACCACUCCUCCACGCGCCGUCUCCAUCUUCACCAUCCUCACCACCACCACCGUCGCCGCCCCUUUUUACAUCUGACGCGCGUUGGCACUUUGGACGAUGAUUUCUUCUCCGGAGAUGAUGACUUAGAUCGCCCAAUGUUCAAUCCUCUCCUCAAAAAGCCUGUGAAUGGCACUUUGGUAAUUUUUUCUAAUUUCGAUCCCAAUUUAGGGUUUUCUUAUGAAAUCGUUGAUAAUGGAAUUAAAAUUUCGGAAAUUGUUCGUCACGGUGUCACAUUUAAAAUGAGUGGUAGUUUAGAGAAAUCUUUUGAUAAAGAAGAAUUAAGGUAUGAUGAUGAUAGUGAACAAGAAGGGGCUCAAAAUGGUCAAGAAAUGGAGAGAAUUUUAGAUUUUCAAAUGCUUAUAAAGGGACUAGAGCUGGGUCGUCGUGAUGUGACAGCAUUGUUUUUCCUCGUGAGUUUCUUGUCAGCUGCUUAUGGUUGGGUAAUUUUAGGGUUUACCGCAAUUUAUUCUUGGGUUUUGGGGAUUGUGUUUGUUACAGUCGUAAAUGAUUUGGUUGGGAGAUUUAGUUCAUUAGUUGGUGUUGUGUGGGAUGGGUCAAGAUUGGGGAUAAAAAGGCUUACUGGUUUUAUUUUAAUGAGAUGGGCAGUUAGAGAUGCAUUGACUCAGCUUCUUGGCUUGUGGUUUUUCGGGGAAAUUGAGGAUCAGUACUCAUUUUUUAAGCUUUUUGUGAGGUUAAAAUUGAUGCCGUUUUCUGUUAUGUCACCGUGGAUACAAGGGUUUGAGAAAGAGAUUUCAGGGUUCUUGUUUACAUGGUCUUUGGCAGAUACUUUUGUGGCAUUUAUAUUUGCCGUUGAUGCCUGGGUUGCCAUUGUUGAUUCGAGGAGGACUGGAAGAGAGAUAGUUAAAGAAGGUUGUUAUUUAUUAUUGACAAUGAUGAAUCAGGCUAUACAGAUUAAAUGUCUGGAGGCUAUACUUUGUGGAUCGUUUGCAAGGUGGGCUUUGGCUCACUUAUUUGGCAAAUCUUUUGCAAUGAUUUUACAGUCAAUUGCGGAGGUUUACUUUAUGGUGGCUUGGCUGAUAUUUUACUUUGCUGCACGGUCUAGGGAUGCUAAUAUGGAGGGAAGGAGGUUCGGGCGGAGGGAAUUGGAGGGCUUGGUUGACGGACAUAGAUGAUAUUUAGUACAUAAUGGCAUGAUAGUCUCCCUUGCUGUUGCAGGCUUCAAUUGAACGCUAAAAUUAGCGGUUAUCUCUUCAGUGCUCUGUGUCUUCCUGUUUUGCAGUCCCAUUGAUAUAGCACUGCCCCCGUUUGGUGUAAUCACCAGCAAUAUGUUGUAUGUACUUUACAACAAGAUGAUAUAUUACUUGUGUAUAUUUUCCACGAGGAUGCUUCCUGUGAAUAUUUUGUUGCAAUUAUUGUUUUAAAUCCACUGCAGUACCUGUUUCUGGUGAUGGCAAUAUAAUUGAGAAUGGUAAUUGAUUUACCCCAGUUCUGAUAUGCUGCUGAGCUUAAGAAUUUUUUUUUUGUUUUUUUUUUUUCCUUAAAAUUCCAUUGAUCAGUGAUUUGCUGAGAUGUAUCUAUGGUUCCAAAUUGAUGCAAUUAUCAACACAGUCAA